GAUAAACAUCAUGGAAUUAGACACCGAGAGCACGACAACUUCAAUUGAUGACAAAACAGAAGAUUUCUGCGAAAAUCCUACCCGCGAUACUUUGGCUGAAGGAUUGAUGUGUUUAUUGAAGCCAACGAUUGAUCAACUGGAUGAAAGAGUUCGCGCAACUCGAAUAAGCCAAGUUGAGUUGAAACAACAGAUUGAAGGCCUCGCGGAGGAAUUAAGGAAAAUUUCAGAUUCCCAGCAGUGCCCCUUGGAUUUGGACGCCUAUGUGAAAAAACUUAUGACAGCGAAACAAAAAGUAACUGUCGUUAGUAACAUCCUGCAGACGGCACAAGAUCGACUGAACAAAGUUCAUUUGCUGAUAGAGAAAGAGUCAGCACGGCGACGAGCUUUACUUGAGCCAACGCCAAGUACUUCACCACUGGAGGCAACAAACCCUUCAAUACAGUGAAGGAUAUCUUAUAUCAGAUGCAGAUGCAUCUUUUAUUUGUUGUGAUUAUUUGAUUGUGAUAGGACUUUCUUGCUUUGUUAAAAUAUUUUGAAUUGUCCAACUGGGCAUUUCAGCAUGGUGUAAUUGUGGACAUUUACCUUCUGCACAUAGCAUUUUUAUUA